AUGGGCAAGAAAGAAAUUGUUCCACCACCAGAGCCGAAGAACAAGCUGUUUUUUUCUUUCGGCCCAGAUGAAAGCUCUUUCUUUUCGUCACCCUUGUACAGGCGAUGGUCCGAAAAUUCGCCUGAAGAGUCCAAAAAGCUUCUCCCAGAUGCGGACCCCAACAAGCCGGAACCAGAGACUCCGCCUCUUGAAGGUCAUCAGUUUUUCAGCAGUAUGAAGAGAGCCAUGUCGCAUAAGAAAGAAGAAAUCGUUGAGCCACAGCCUUAUCAUGUGUCGUAUGGUGACAAUGGAUCGUGGUUCUUGAUUUGGGACAACGGAGAACACGAUGAGAAUUUGAGAGGCGCAUACCCUUCACUCCUCCAAUGGAUGCACGAGAAUCAAUCAUCCCUCACCGACGGCUCGCUCAACGUAUCUUUGGGGCCGAAAGGCGCUUUCUUCGCUUGGUGUACAGAGAGUUGUCGGUGGGACAAUGUACCGGCCUCUUUCACGGCGGAGAUCCAAAAAAUGCUAUGUCACGACGGCUGGAAGCGCAGGCCACGAAGAGUACAGUUCGGUGUCAAUGAAAGCUAUGUGAUUGUGUGCGAUGAUGGAACAUGGUAUCCGCACGGAUUGGAGGAGAAUUACGAAGGCUUGAUGGAACUGCUCACGUCGAGUGGGAAGAUGAAAACGCUUUCUUUGGACGCCUACGGACCGGACACCUACUUUCUCGUCUCCGAGACGGGCAACGUGCAUUGGAAAGUACCACAGACUUGGGACAAUGUGGUAGAGGAUGUGUCAAACACGUACAUGACUGGCCACAGGGUGCGGACUGGUUCCAUGCCCAUGGAUAAGGACUUGACAUACUCUAAAGAGCCUAAGCAGGGGAAAGGGAAGGCCAACCCUGGGACGAUGACGAAGUGGCUGUCGGGCGCAAAUGCGGCGCUGCAGGUGGGACAAUUGGUUAUUACCGCCGAUCCUGGGCAAUGUCAACACCAGUAA